AGCAGCGGUCAUUCGACAUCACGCAAGCUUCCGAACAUAAGUCGUCAUUCGACAUCACGCAAGCUACCAAACAGUAGGUCAUUUAGCAUCGCGCAACCUAACUGCUCUGCUGCUCUGCUGCUCUACUUUGCCUGCAAAUUUUUACUAUUAUGAUGGCCGAGCAUCAGUUGAACGCAUCGCUGAUGAUUGAGAAUGAGAAGCUCAGGUGUGAGGUGGAGGACCUGAAGACACUGCAGAGUGUGGUGAAGGAGAAUCUGGAGCUGCGUUCAAGGCUGGACAGCUUCUCCUUCACCAACCAAACGCUCAUGGAGAAAAGCGAGAUGAAUGCAGGGAAGAAACCUUCUUUCCAGUAUGGUGACAGUGUCCUGGAGGAAAGCUCAUUCAGAGCAGGCCUCAUUACUCCUCAUCACACAUCGUCUCCUCUCAAAAGCACUCAGAGAAGAUCUGCACAUCCAGACACCUUGUCCUCAGUCACCUUCUCGUCCUGCAACGCGCUGGAAGGUCCUGAGCGGCUGCUAGGAGAAAUCGCCUUCCAGCUGGAGCGUAGGAUCCUCUCGCAUGUCUUCUACAAACAGACCAGACUGUACGGCUUCACCGUGCAGAACCUACAGGACAAGAUCUUACAGGUAUCGACACAUCCUCUGACAGGACAGGUGGACAAGUCGUACAGGUCCGAGCUGACUGAGCGCUACAUAGACAUCAUGGAUCGUCUCGCCACUUUGGGCUACAACAUGUCGCUCCAUCCACCUUUCUCCGAGUUCAUCAUCAACACAUAUGGCAUCCUGAAGAACCGCCCGGACACACACACGGCUCAAGAGAACGACUACAACAACCUGGUUGUCCUGCAGGGUGUGAUGGUGGAGACGGCGCCGUCCGCUCUGCUGAAAGACCUGCUUGUCCUCCUCAGCUGCCUGUGCUACCUGUCCGAGAAGGAUGGAAAGUCUCUAAUCCUGUGGUAGCGCUAAGACGUGCACCAUCUCACUUAUUUCAGUCAUUAAACAGCCAAGAACAUGAAGUUCAAUUUACAACAAUUG